CCUCCUCCGGUCGUGAUGCAGUGGAGCAGCUCUGCGCAGAACCGGGCUCGCGGUAUAAAAGCGCGCUGCACUUCCACACAGGCGGAGUAUAACAACAACACGGGGACACAGGCGGGAAGUCACUGCAGCUUUUCAGGCCGAACUCACCAACGGAAGACAGCCGCAGACAUGCACGCCACAAAGAAUGGGAUCUGCUGGAGACUUUUUCUAAUUUCAUGGCUCUUUUUGGAAAGUUCCUGUCAAGAACUUGGCGCACAGACGCAGUUCAUCUGCACCUCCGUGCCAAAGGAUAUGGACAUUUGCGCGGCCACCUUGCAGAACAGCGUGCCAGGAGAGGACUUGAAGACCACGGUGAUGCAGCUGCGGGAGACGGUUUUGCAGCAGAAGGAGACGAUCAUGAACCAGAAGGAAACCAUCAGAGAACUGACUUCAAAGUUGGCCCGCUGCGAGAGCCAGAGCGGCAGCUCGGAGCCCGGGGGCAGGAGGAAAGAAGCGGGGACCAAAAACACUAUGGGGGAUGUAUCGAGGGGCCCCGCGGACACUUUGGCGCAACUCUCGCAGACUUUACAGUCGCUGAAGCUGAGAUUAGAAAACCUGGAGCAAUUCAGCAGGAGUAACAACUCCGUGCAGGCGAACAGCCUGAAAGAUCUGCUCCAGAGCAAAAUCGACGACCUGGAGAAGCAGGUCUUGUCCCGAGUGAACAGCAUCGACGAGGGGAAGCCCGGGCUCCGAAAUGAGACGGAGCAGCGUGGGAGAGUGGAGUCCACGCUCACGUCUCUGCACCAGAGGAUCACCGACCUUGAGAAAGGUCAAAGAGAGAGCAGGCCUCUGGAUAAAUUUCAGCUCACGUUCCCGCUGAGAACCAACUACAUGUACGCCAAAGUGAAGAAGAGUUUGCCGGAGAUGUACGCCCUCACUGUGUGCAUGUGGCUCAAAUCCAACGCGUCCCCCGGAGUUGGCACGCCUUUCUCCUACGCAGUUCCGGGUCAGGCCAACGAGCUGGUCCUCAUAGAGUGGGGGAACAACCCGAUGGAGAUCCUGAUCAAUGACAAGGUUGCGAAGCUGCCUUUUCUCAUCAACGAUGGGAAGUGGCAUCAUAUCUGCGUGACCUGGACCACGCGGGACGGUGUUUGGGAAGCUUUCCAGGAUGGCGUGAGGAGAGGGAGUGGAGAGAAUCUGGCUCCUUAUCAUCCCAUCAAACCACAAGGCCUGCUGAUCCUCGGCCAAGAGCAGGACACGCUCGGCGGAGGAUUCGACGCCACACAAGCUUUCGUAGGAGACCUGGCGAACUUUCACAUCUGGGACCGGAAGCUAUCCGUGGGGGAGAUUUACAAUCUAGCGACUUGCAGCAGCAAAGCCCAAGUGGGCAACGUGUUUGCCUGGAUGGAGACGAGCCUCGACAUUUACGGAGGAGCCUCCAAGUGGACAUUCGAAGCAUGUCGCCAGCUCAACUAAAAGCAGCAGCCGAGAGAAUGUCAACGUGUUCAAGCCACUUCUUCGUCACAGCAUCGGUUAACUAAACGAAAGAUCAGGAUUUUUUCUGGAUUUGUUAGAUAUUUGAAAAAUGUCAUUCGUCGACACUCGAUAGAUUCGUACCAGAUUUCUCAUGUUGGGUUGAAAGAUCACAGGAAGUUGACACUUGGGACAUCCUGUGGUAUUCUCGGGCUGCUUGAGGGGUUUGGUUUUUGAAAAAGCAGCCGAUGGGAGAAGACGCUCGGAGACCAAAAUGACAGGCCGGAGUCCAAAGACCAGUAAGAAGUCGCGUAGUUUUUAGCAAAACCAGAUGUCACAAAGUUCAACAAAAAGGACUGCAAACGUCUUAUUUUUGUCUCGACUGCCAGGGAUUUUCACUGUGAAAAAAGGGGGGGCCAAGGUGGACUUCUUCAAAAAAGGAACGAGUUCUUCAAGAGAUCAUAAAAAUAGACGACAUAGUUUCUCACUCUUCUCUCCCUGCCACCGCCCGCUUGAUGUGAUUUUGUGUAAAAGAAUGACGUAUUUAUUGCCAACAUUGGAGCCUGAGUGCCUUGGGCUGUUGAAAAAAAAAUCUCAGCACAUUCAUUAUGAUUUGCAGAGUUGUUGGUGUUUAUUUUCCUGUAAAUUACUUUGGAAAAAAAGAGACUCUGGACGAGGCGGGAAUCGGAUUGUUUAUUGUAAAAUGCAUCUCACUGAUGAGUAUGACGCAUUUUGCAGAUGUUUCAGUUGGAAUGUUCUCUGUACAGUAACAGCAUGUCUUAACUUCUGUAAAUGCUGCGUCAGCAUCUUUGAUCUUUGCUUUUACUUUCCUACUUUUGAGUUGAGAUUUUAUACUGUAUUGUUAUAUGCUUAAAGCAUGGCAAAACGACAGAUGAAAAAAGUUCUAGUUUUUGUAAUAAAUUGUGAUACUUGAAUCAUA